GUCAUCACGGUUCAGUCGGAAAAAUUGAAGCAACUACACGAGAUGGCAGCGGCACCCGAGUGGCUUACCCACGACUACAUCGAGCAUGCACUUCGCUGCCACUACAAGGAUGAAGGACUAACCAUAACUCAGCUGCAGAUUAAUCCCGCCCUGGGUCCUGGUGAAAACUACGGCGGAGUUCUGACCCGUGCUCGAGUGGAGUUCACACUGUCCAACCAGGAGAAAAAUGUGCAGAACCUGAUUGUAAAGACGGAAAUCGAUGAUGAUGAGCUGACCCAGGAACUGAUGGCCCCAUAUGACAUUUACAACCGCGAGAUGACCAUCUACCAGGAAGUGCUGCCCAAAUGCAGGGAGCUGCUUAAUGAAAUCGGAGAUACUGAAAGAAUAUUUCCCACUGCCAUCUAUGUGGAUCGCGAGCGUAUGGCCAUUAUCUUCGAAGAUCUUUCCGUGGUGGGUUACGUCAUGGCCGAUCGAGUGCGUCGCCUUAACGAAGAGCACACCCACCUCAUCCUGCGCAAGUUGGCCAAAUUCCAUGCCGCCACAGCGGUCUUAAACGAGCGGCAAAAUGGAUGCCUCGAAAGCUACGAUCGUGGUUUCUUUAAUCGCUAUACAAACGCCUACAGUGGCUACUUUGUGGGUGGUCUGCUGGCCGCAGCUCGCUGGAUGAGCAAGGUGCCCACGUUGGCCCACUACGGAGAGAAGCUAUUCGCUUUGGCUCCACACUACAUGGACAUCGGUAGGGAGUGCUUUGCACCCACUCCGGGUCAAGUAAAUGUUCUGGCCCAUGGCGAUGUGUGGACCAACAAUGUGAUGUUCAAGUACGAUCCGAGUACGGGACGACCCGUCGACGUGCUGCUCAUUGACUUCCAGUACUCCUUCUGGGGUUCCCCAUGCAUCGAUCUCCAUCACCUGUUCAAUACUUCUCUGAAGGAGCCACUGCGUAGAGAUCAGCAGAAUGGGCUCUUCCAGUUCUACCACAAGAUAUUCACUGAGACGUUGGAAAAGCUUAACUAUCGUCAAAAUCAGAUUCCCAGCUUGCAUCAAUUUAAGCUGGAGGUGGAGCAAAAGAGAUUCUUUGCUUUGCAUUCUACGGUAGUGGUGCAGCCAGUUAUGAUCAGCCAGGAUCCCACGGAUGCCUGUUUCAAUGCCUUGAUGAACGACGAUGAGCGUGGCAUUCGGUUUAAGAACCGAUUAUAUAACAAUCCUACAGUUCAACAAAAUUUACAUUCCCUGGUUCCCUUCUUCGAUAGAAAGGGACUGCUGGAAGUUAAAAAGACCUGUUAAGAGAUAAUUAGGAUAUAUUUUAUUGGGCUUCCACGUUUUAUGUCUAUAAGGUUUAAUAAUAAUAAACAAUCUCAUUUUAAAUUAAA